CUUGAAUCAAUCAUAAGACAUGACUACAUAAUGGCUACGUGGUACCUAACCUUUUAAUGAAUUGAUUCAAGAAUAAACCUCAUUAAUUUUAUCUUGAAAUACGAUGCUAUCCCUAGUUAUCCCCUCGACUCCAUUGGUUGACCAGGACUUUUCGCGGUUAUCUCCAUACUCACCGCGAGACCACUACUCAUUACAUGACUUGGUCAAAGAUAUCAAGGCCUAUCUAGGCAGCGACUCAGGGAUCAAUUCAUCCACAAUCGACGAGGCAUAUCUACAAGGGCUUCUACGGAAAUAUAUGUCUAAUCCGAAUGAUUGGUUUCGAUAUUUCUACAACGAUUAUUCGAAAAAUUACACUCGCAACACGAUUGAGAAUAUCAACCACAAAGCCAAUAUCCUGCUUCUUGUGUGGAAUCCAGGCAAAGGGUCGCCUAUUCAUGACCAUGCCAACGCUCACUGUAUCAUGAAAGUCCUGGCCGGAGAAUUGACUGAAACUGUCUAUCAUAGCCCUGAAGAAUCUUCGGGCAAGGAAAAACCUCUCGUGGUGAAGUCGGAAACUCGACAUGGAAUUAACGAUGUAACAUACAUAUCCGAUGAUAUUGGGUUGCACCGGGUUCACAAUCCAAGUACCAACCAGAUAGCAGUUUCUCUACACUUAUACACCCCACCCAACGCGGCGGACUAUGGAUACCACAUUUUCGAUGCAAAUACAGGCAAAGCUAGUUUUGUGUCGCAAGCUCGUUCUUUUUUGAGGUGUGAUGAAGGAAAGGAGAAAUAAGGAAACAGUGCGAUUGUUCACGAUGGAAUGACCUCAAGUUUUGCUUCUUUCUGCCUUGGUCUAACUCGACAUUAAAGUAUGACUUGAAAUUUGUAUUUGAUUUAUAUACCCUCAUAGUUGCCUGAAAUUUCAGCUUUUCAAUCACGCGCAGUUUUCUUUCCAACAUCUGAGAUAGUAAUCACAUAACCAACAAAGGGCU